AUGGCGGAACCACUAUCAAUUCUCGCCAGCAUCGCUGGCGUGGCUACAGCCGGCGUCGCCAUUUCUAAGAUGAUCUACGAAAUUGCCCAUACCGUAAAACACGCCCCCAAAGAAGUUUCGGAGAUGGCGGGGGAACUCUCACUCCUGGCUUCUGUGCUGCGAUACCUGCGCAGCGCGUUGGCGGAGUACAUCGAUGUUUGUAAAUCGCGGCUUAUCAAGGAUAUUCGAGGGACAGUGUCGAAAAUUCACGGCUUGCACAGGCAAAUCAAAGACUUGACGAAGAACAGCACGAGUUCGUUUUACCGGGUGGAGUUGCUGUUUAAGAGUCCCAAAACGAAAAACUUACUCGCGCAGAUUGAAGGGUUCAAGAACUCUGUGAGCGUUAUGCUUACUACAGUUCAAUUGGCGGCGGCCAAGAAGCAACUGAAGAUAUCUAAGGAGUUGGCUUCAAAGACCGACGUCGGUGAGAUUCGACAGUUGCUUGAGAACCUGCUCUUCGCCAAUCAAGACUCCAUUAAACGGAUUCGGCGGGAGCAAACAUUAGGGAUCGAUCAAACGCCAGCACCACGGCCUGAUGUACCACGUCGAUAUCCCAGAGGGAGGUCAGACAUAGAUAGUUUCUCUCCUUACGAACCAUUAGUUCCCCUGCCCAAUCAUUCAAGACGGAGACGAGGGCGGAGUUCCCCGCCUCCAGCAACACCUCGAUCCGAACCGACUUGUGGGUGGCCGGAGUCGACACCUGGUUCCAAGGACAUUGGUGCGGAUCACGUUGCGCCCAUACCUCAACCGUCGUCUGUGAGACCAAGUACAAGACCGCAUGAAUCGACCGCAAAAACGCCGAAGGGUGAAGUCGACAGCAAGACUUCUGUAGGCUCCCAUGUCGAUCCUCAACGACCCUCCUUUGUAGACUGGGACUCGGAAAAGGAGGAAGAGAUUGACACGGUACGUUUGGACGAUGGCGACAGCAAGAAAGACGGAGGAGAGCCUACUUCUACGGCCCUUGUACCCGCGUAUUACCACAAUCCUGAGAAGCCGGCUCGAAUAAACCAGGGAGAUGGCAAGCGUGAAGAAAGACAGCUGAAGAAGGAGACGAGGUUUCAGAUCCUACCUGGUCUGCGCAAAGAGCAUACUCAAGAGGAUCCGAACAGAGAAUACAACUCUGAGGAAAGAGACAAGUACACAGACGAUAGUGACGAUACUGAGUGCAGUGAUGCAGCUGGCAGUAACGAAGAUGCAGAUCGAUUCGUGGACCUUCUAGACGGACUAAACCCCAAAAGCAGCGCAACUUCGAACAGCAUUAAUCACAGCACGCCUUUGGCGCGGGCAGGAAGCCGUGAUUAUCGAGCAACUCUAGCUGACGACGCAAGAGCUCGGCGUGAAAAAGAAUACUACGGUCACAAGCAACAAAGAACAGACCUAACCUGCGAGAUACGAUAUGCUUCUCCAGACGAUGCAGCUACUUGGUUAUAUCGCCUGGUUUUUUUGGAUGAAAAAAGUCAAGGAAACACAGAGUGCCCAAAUUUAAUCCAGCAGCAAGACGUGGAAGUUCCACGCACAGCAGACAGGCUGUUACUCCAAUGGACAAAAGUGGAGCCGACUACAGGCAACAUGGAGCAUGACGCUUCCGAUUCAGAGGCAACGAUGGUCGAUCCGGAUCCAUCCUGGAGCAGGAGACUACGGUCGCACAUCUCCCGUAUAGCAGCUGAGGAAGAGCGGUCCAUGCCUAGAGGCCCUCGCAAUGUCUAUACCAACGGGUUUGAUUACGAUGAUCUCGCAGACAACCCAUAUGAUGACUUUAGCUGUAGACACGGUCGUACCACGGGCGAUUGUGUAAUUUGCGAAGUACAUGACCCACUGGACCGAGACGAGACACCUGGAUACGGACCACGUAGACGUGGUCCGAGCCCUCUACGGAGCUCAAGGACAGGUGAUCCCAUGAACUCUGGUGCCAGUCGACCGUUCCCGCCUGACGUUCCGUACGCACAUUACGAGAGGACUGAGCAAGAAAGAGCCUACCAAACACAUCGCAAUGAAACCCUGACGAAGGACAUUGAACGACUCGAAUCGACAAUCCGCAGAACAGAAGCCUCGUACACGAAAGAAUUUGCUUACAGAGAGCGAAUGGAGAUAGCGAUCGAAAAGCAACACCAAUACGCCCUAAAAUCUAUGCAGGAUCAGGUCGAAGCGAUGAAGAAGGAACACGACUCGACGUCCAUCGCACUGAAGAAACAAUUGGAACUCGAGCUGAUCAAUGAACACGAAAAACGCGUAAAGUCUUUACGGGAGCAUCUUGAAAAAGAGGCCAAACAAAAUGCGGAAACCCAGCUGAAACUGGAAGAUCGCUGGCGUGCAACGCAAAGAGAACUCGACAAGAUGAACGAGAUGUACAAGAUGAAAGAGGAGGAAUGGUACGCCAACGAGAAAAAGCAAGACGAAGCCAAAGCGGAGAGGAUGGAGAAAGCAGAACCAACACGUACAUGUCUCCAGAUAUCGACGCUCGCGGACCGAGAGCAAACUUGGAAUCCAAAAUUUCCCUCCCUCGGGAUUUCAGUCUCCCGCACCGAUGGCGCGCCAAGUCGCACGUCCAUUCACGGCACACUUUGCUUCACAAAACCCUUCCUCCCUUGUCUUAGCGAGCUGUAUCAAGUCCUGAAGGCUCACGACUGGCAACCGUUAUGGAUGCGUGGCUCCAGUGGUGGAAAGACCUGGUUCUUGGGACGAACUCCUAUUGCGGUGGAUUUCUCCUGCCGAAAUUAUAUGCCGCAACUCGGAAAGCCUCUCGACCAGACUGGCGCACCCGUUCAUGCAGGCGACAUGGAUGAUGAGUACGCAGCUGUGGGUAUAGGCUUGGUGGAGAGAGACGCAAUCGAUGAGCUUGACCUGGCGUACAAAGGACAAAUAGAUGGCCAGUAUUAUCGGUUUGGCGUAGACCUUACAUAUGAAGACGUCGACAGUUUGAUAGCGACUUCACUACUCAUGCGCGAACGACGGCAUCGCAAAGCCUGUGUCGAAAACGUAGCCGGUCGCGGCGCAUCUCCUUCGCGAAACUUAUCUUCAUCUCCUACUGGUCCUACGCCAACACUCGAUGUGCCAAGGCCCUCAGGACGAUCUACAACAUCGCAACCUUCUAGGAGCGGGAAUAGCGAAGAGAGGUCGAGAAGACACUAUAAGAAGUCAAGUAGCUCAAGGAGAGAUCUGUAG